AUGGAUCUCUCACGGCAGGAGUACCCAACGCUGCUGGCCACCCUGCAUCCCGGCCAAGCUACAACCGUCCUAAGCGAUCGCAUUAAACUCAUAAAUAAGAUCAAUGUGGAUAUUGCCGAUUACCUACAGGAACGACGUCGCGUUGAAGAAGCAUACGCUCAAGGGUUGCGGAAGCUGGCGCAUCGGCCACAAUUAGACAAUGGAGCUGCUCUGGGCAUUUUCCAAAUCCCUUGGCAACGCAUCAUCAGUGCCACUGAAACACUCGCCGUAUCGCAUGAGACCCUUGCGAACAAGAUCGAGGAGGAUGUGGAACGACCACUCAGAGAAUUCAGCAAUAAGAAUCCAGAGAUGAAGUCGAUGCCUGGUAUCCAGAGUAGUCUGGCGGGGUUGGCGAAGAAUGUGGAGGCCGCGCAGAAGAAGGUAGACAAGGCCAGGGCGAAGGGUGCCAAAGGUGCAGACAAACUUGCUAGCGAGAUUGCCAAUGCCGAGGAAGUCCAUCAGCAGUGGGAUUCGCGGGCUCCGUUUGUCUACGAGCAACUCCAGGCCGCCGACGAGACUCGACUUAACCACCUUCGGGAUGUGCUAACACAAUUGGAGACUCACGAGGUGGAUCAAGUCGAGCGCGGUCGCCAGGCCGCUGAAAGCUGUUUGAAUGUGCUUCUCAAUGUGGAAACAGCAGAUGAGAUCAAGACAUUUGCUACCAGAAUGACGGGCUCGCGGGUCCCUUUGACGCAGGCCGUUCCUAGAAGACAGACUGAACCGGCAGAGACGGCUUCCACAUUUGAACCGGUAUCUGAGCGGACACCGACUGCACCAGUCGAGCCUCAGUUCUCCACACCACGAUCGGAAGCACCGCUUCCGCCCCCUCCACGCAUCCAGGAUGAUGCGGCGAGCCAACUAUCAGAAGCAUCUGACAGACAACACACUAUCUUUCAGACGCCACCAGCACCGGAAGCACAGCCACGACAUACCCCCCUUGGGGGGUUGAGACGUCUUGGUACUGUCAUGAACAGGCGAAAGAGCGUUGCCUUACCCUCGACUGGAUCUUUUGACAAAAAGCCAGACAAGAAGCGUAGUCCCUUUGCUGCAUUCAAGCGAGCCGACUCUCGGGAUCUGCAAAUACCUGAAUCUCCCCCCGCGACCGCAACUGACCGUCCAGGGACGUCCUUCACCGAUCAAUCAUCCUUGAGGAACCCUAGCGUGUCGCAUGAUCGCACCGGAUUAGAUACUGCCGCAGCGAUGCCUGAAGCCCACCCAGAGAACGCCACAAAUGGAGCUACCCCAGAAGGUCUUGGGCUCACCAAUGACCACGUAAAUCCGCCACAGGUUGAUUCAGAGGGAUUUACCCAGCGUCCUGCAACAAUUGACGAGAUCACGCGUGCCCAGAAUGAGGCAGCGGGCCUAGAUGAAUAUGGUAUGAAUUUGACGAUUCGAGACCAGCCCAUCUUUGAGGACGAGAGCCAGGCGAAGCGGGCUAUGGAUGAUAUGGCAAAUACGCUCCGAAUGCGUGCUCCGCAGACAGGAAUGAGGCGCAAUGCAGGCACCAUUCGCGGGCGCCGUGAUGUUCGCAAUACAGUGUUUAUCGCUUCACCUGGUAAUGACCUUCCGCCAUCUUCAGCAGGAUCAGAGUCCCAGCAACCAAUCUCGCCAACCAGGCAAAUGACCUCCCCUAGCAUUGCCGCCAGCACUGGUACGGAUGAUCACACUAUGUCAGAUACUACCUCUGUUCGGUCCGGGCACACUAUCCAUGGCCCAGGACCUUCAGUUCAUCCUGAUCUACACGAAUCGGGCCUGAAUGCUUCAGUCAUCGAGACUGUCAAUGCAUGGUUCUCAGAGGGUAAUGUCACUAGGUCAUUCGUUGUUGGUGAGCUUGCUCUAGCAAACAACUCCAUACCUGGUCAUGCAGUAGACCAUACCCGCAUCCGACUCGACAACUUCCAAGUGCUGGAAAAGGUUGCGGCGAAUCCUCACUUUGUUCAGGAGGUUGCCAAAGACGCUGGCGACGACAAGAGAGGUGAAUACGAUAUCCAGCUGGGUAGCAUCUCCCGCCCCAUGCCGACAGUUGCAUUCAAAUAUCAACUGCAUAUCGACCCAACCAACCCCUCAGCCCACUGCCCCGUAAUAUUCAAGCCAGUGUGGAACUUAGAAGAAUUACAGGCUAGCGCCAUCAUCUACUAUACGCUCAAUCCAUCUUUCACCUCCCACACAUCGGAGUCAAUUACCCUCAAGAAUCUGGUCUUGACCAUUAAUUUGGACACAGCCACUGAGGACAAAACCACCGGGCAGCCGCGUGAUUCAGUCGCCCACGCCACCAGCGCCGCCAUGUACCCUAAUACCGGCGCCGUCUUCCGUCGCAAAACUUCCACCGUCACAUGGAGAAUCCCCGAGCUAGAGGUCAAGACCCCCACCGCCCCAGGGACGGAGAGCAAGUUCCUCGUCCGCUUCGUGACGUCUACCCCCGGACCUCGCAAGGGUGUCGUCGAAGCAAAGUUCGAGCUUCACAAUGCUGAAUCUGUUUCUCAGCUGGGUAUCAGCCGCGCUGCCUUGGAGGCAGAGCAGACGGAAGAAGACCCCUUCGCCGAUGAGGGUCGUGAGUCCGAGUCGUCCGCGCCUUCAUGGCUGGGCGUUCCGACUACACGCAAGCUGAUCACUGGAAAGUAUGUGUCUUCCUAG